CAUAUCAAAACAGCAUUUCUAACCUAUCUAAACUUUAAUUAAAUAUAUAAAUAUAAUAAAUUAAUAAUAGUAAAUAAAGUUUAAAUGUGAAUUAACACCAUGAAGUUAAGUGUAGAUGAUUUAAUAGUUUACUUCCCCUAUGAUUACAUUUAUCCCGAACAAUACGCUUAUAUGUGCGAAUUAAAACGGGCUCUAGAUGCAAAAGGUCACUGUCUGUUAGAAAUGCCUUCUGGUACAGGGAAGACGGUAACAUUACUCUCUCUGAUUGUCGCUUACAUGUUGGAACAUCCUCAUGAUGUGCGUAAAUUGAUUUAUUGCUCACGUACUGUACCGGAAAUCGAAAAAGUAAUUGAAGAGUUAAAAAAGUUACUUAAUUAUUAUGAAAAACAGGAUGGGGUUUAUCCUAGAUUGACAGGAUUAGUUUUAAGUUCAAGAAAAAAUAUGUGUGUUCACCCAGAAGUUAGUAAAGAAAGGGAGGGAAAAAUUGUUGAUGGAAGAUGUCAUGCUUUAACAGCAAGUUAUAUUAGGGAGAGACAUAAUUAUGAUGAUACUACACCUAUUUGUGGAUACUUUGAAGAGUUUAGUAUUGAAGGGAAAGAAAGUAUCAUUCCUUAUGGAGUUUAUAAUAUAGAUGAUUUGAAAGAUUUUGGUAGGGAAAGGGGUUGGUGUCCUUAUUUUUUAUCCAGAUAUGCUAUUACAUAUGCUAAUAUUGUUGUAUACAGUUAUCACUACUUGUUAGAUCCAAAAAUAGCGGAAGUAGUAUCAAAAGAAUUAACCAGGGAAUCAGUGGUGAUUUUCGAUGAAGCUCACAAUAUUGAUAAUGUUUGUAUUGAUUCAAUGAGUGUUAAAAUUCACAGAAGAAUAAUUGACAAAUCUAUAGCAAAUAUACAAGUUUUAGAAAAAUCUGUCGCAAAAAUGAGAGAUGAAGAUCAAAAAAGAUUACAGGAGGAAUACCAAAGACUUGUUGAAGGUCUUAGAGAUGCUAGUGUUGCUAGAGAAACUGAUGUAAUUUUAGCAAAUCCAGUAUUACCAGAUGAUAUUCUAAAUGAUGUGGUUCCUGGUAAUAUAAGAAACGCAGAACACUUUAUAAGUUUCUUAAAAAGAUUUGUAGAGUAUCUAAAAACUCGUCUUCGUGUUCAACAUGUAGUCCAAGAAUCUCCAGCUGGAUUUUUAAAAGAUGUUCAAAGUAAAGUAUGCAUUGAACGUAAGCCAUUAAAAUUUUGUGCAGAGAGAUUAGCUUCUCUAUUGAGAACUUUAGAGAUAUCCGAUUUAACCGAUUUUAGUCCUUUGGUUCUUAUAACGCAUUUAGCAACGUUAGUUUCGACUUACACAAAAGGAUUUACUAUAAUUGUUGAACCAUUUGAUGACAAAACUCCAACAGUAUCGAAUCCUAUUUUACAUUUUAGUUGUUUAGAUUCAUCAAUAGCUAUUAAACCAGUUUUUGAUCGAUUCCAAACGGUCGUUAUAACUUCAGGUACACUUUCUCCACUUGAUAUGUACCCGAAAAUUUUAAAUUUUCACCCAGUUAUUAUGUCAUCAUUUACAAUGACUCUUGCAAGACCUUGUUUAUUACCAAUGAUAGUUUCAAAAGGAAACGAUCAAGUGGCGAUAUCCUCAAAGUUUGAAACUCGUGAAGAUAUCGCAGUAAUUAGAAAUUACGGUCAACUUCUCGUAGAGGUUGCCACAAACGUCCCCGAUGGUGUAGUUUGCUUUUUUACUUCUUAUUUAUACUUGGAAUCGGUCGUAGCAAGUUGGUACGAUCAAGGUGUAAUCGACAAUUUACAAAAACAUAAAUUACUUUUUAUCGAAACUCAAGAUUCGGCUGAAACUAGUUUCGCCCUUAUGUAUUAUAUCAAGGCUUGUGAAUCAGGUAGGGGAGCAGUUUUAUUAUCGGUAGCUCGAGGAAAAGUAUCCGAAGGAGUUGAUUUUGAUCAUCAUUUAGGACGAGCGGUUUUAAUGUUUGGAAUUCCAUACGUUUACACUCAAUCGAGAAUCUUAAAAGCUCGCUUAGAUUAUUUAAGAGACCAAUUCCAGAUAAGAGAAAACGAUUUUUUAACGUUUGAUGCAAUGAGACACGCCGCGCAGUGCGUUGGUCGUGCUAUUCGUGGAAAAACCGAUUACGGUAUCAUGAUAUUUGCAGAUAAAAGAUUUUCCAGGUCAGAUAAAAGAUCGAAACUGCCGAAAUGGAUUCAGGAGCAUUUAAAAGAUUCGUUGUGUAACCUUUCAACCGAAGAAGCAAUUCAAAUUGCCAAAAGAUGGUUAAGACAAAUGGCUCAACCUUUUACUAGAGAGGAUCAACUUGGAGUUUCACUUUUAACAUUGGAACAGUUGGAAAGCAUGGAAGCAAGUAAAAUCGAGAAGCAAGCACAACAAAAUUAAUUGUCAUAAACUUGUGAAUUGAAUUAAAUGAAAGAAUGUUUAGUAUUAAUAAAUAUUUUU